UCCUUGCGGUAAUUCGUACCCGCCCGCCAACACCACACUCCUUCGAGGUGAUUAGGCUGACGACGAGGUUCAUGCGAGCCCAACAUGGGUAUCAGUAGACGUCCGAAAGACAAAGCCGGAGGCGCGGGAGCGCAGAGCAACGCCCCCAAACCCAAGAAGGCCACUUUCGAGACCACCAAGAAAAAGGAGAUAGGCGUUUCGGAUCUAACGUUGCUCAGCAAAGUCUCCAACGAGGCCAUAAACGAGAAUUUGAAGAAGAGAUUCGAAGGCCGCGAAAUCUACACGUACAUCGGCCAUGUCUUGGUUUCGGUCAACCCCUUCCGCGACCUCGGCAUCUACACCGAUGAGGUUCUGGAGUCAUACAAGGGAAAGAAUCGCCUCGAGAUGCCCCCACAUGUUUUCGCAAUCGCCGAGUCAUCAUACUAUAACAUGAAAGCAUACAAAGACAAUCAGUGUGUUAUUAUAUCCGGAGAGUCCGGUGCGGGUAAAACCGAGGCCGCUAAGCGCAUUAUGCAAUACAUCGCCAACGUGUCAGGAGGAGAAAGUGGCGAGAUCAAGCAGAUCAAGGAUAUGGUGCUAGCAACCAAUCCUUUGCUUGAGUCCUUUGGAAAUGCCAAGACACUUCGAAAUAAUAAUUCGUCGCGGUUCGGCAAGUACCUUCAAAUACAUUUUAACAACAAUGGAGAGCCUGUUGGUGCAGAUAUCACGAACUAUCUCCUGGAAAAGACGAGAGUGGUUGGCCAAAUUAUCAACGAGCGAAAUUUCCACAUUUUUUACCAGUUUGCGAAAGGUGCCUCGGAAAAUUAUAGGACCAUGUUCGGUGUGCAGAAGCCCGAGACCUACGCAUACCUUAGCCGAUCGAAAUGCUUUAAUGUUGACGGCAUUGAUGAUUUAGCAGAAUUUCGGGAUACUUUACAAGCGAUGAAUAUCAUCGGCCUGACACAAGCGGAGCAAGAUGAGGUUUUCCGUAUGUUGGCCGCAAUUCUAUGGGCUGGAAACAUCCAGUUUAUCGAGGGUGACGACGGAUAUGCAGCCGUUAGAGAUCAGUCCGUUGUAGACUUCUUAGCAUAUCUGCUUGAAGUCACGCCUGCUGCCUUAAUCAAGGGUAUAACUAUCAGGGUUUUGACACCCAGAAGUGGGGAGGUUAUCGAGUCACCCACGAAUGUUGCACAAGCCACCGCCACACGAGACGCGCUCAGCAUGGCUAUCUAUUACAAUCUAUUUGACUGGAUAGUGGGCAGGAUUAAUCAGUCGCUCAAGGCUCGACAAGCUACUUCUAAUCAUAUCGGUAUUCUCGACAUCUAUGGCUUCGAAAUUUUCGAAAAGAACAGCUUUGAGCAGCUUUGCAUCAACUACGUCAAUGAAAAGCUACAGCAAAUCUUCAUUCAGCUUACACUCAAGGCUGAACAAGACGAGUAUGCUCGCGAACAGAUUCAGUGGACCCCUAUCAAAUACUUUGAUAACAAAGUUGUUUGCGACUUGAUCGAGCAAGUCCGGCCUACUGGUGUCUUCUCUGCCUUAAAGGAUGCGACCAAGACAGCGCAUGCGGACCCUGCCGCCUGUGAUCGUACAUUUAUGCAGACUGUGAACGGCAUGUCUAACCCCCACCUCACGCCACGGCAAGGCAACUUCAUUAUCAAACACUACGCUGGUGAUGUCAGUUAUACCGUGGAUGGAAUAACCGAUAAGAAUAAAGACCAGCUGCUUAAAGGUGUUCAAAAUCUUUUCCAGCAAAGUUCAAACCAGUUCGUCCACACGCUCUUCCCCCAACAAGUUGACCAAGAUAAUCGCAAACAACCACCAACUGCCGGUGAUCGAAUCCGUACUUCGGCGAAUGCUCUUGUGGAUACUCUGAUGAAAUGUCAGCCAUCCUAUAUCCGCACGAUUAAACCGAACGAGAAUAAGUCACCCACAGAAUAUAAUGUUCCCAACGUACUGCAUCAGAUCAAGUAUCUUGGUCUGCAGGAAAACGUGAGGAUUCGACGAGCCGGCUUUGCUUAUCGCCAAUCGUAUGAGAAGUUUGUAGAACGCUUCUUCCUCCUGUCUCCCGCAACAUCGUAUGCAGGCGAGUACACUUGGCAGGGCUCAGAAGAGGCAGCUGUUAAGCAAAUCCUCAAAGACACGAGUAUACCCAAGGAAGAAUGGCAGAUGGGUGUAACAAAAGCUUUCAUCAAGUCUCCUGAAACGUUAUUUGCUCUGGAGACAAUGCGUGAUCGGUACUGGCAUAACAUGGCAAUUCGUAUCCAGCGAAUGUGGAGGGCGUAUCUAGCGUACCGUGCUGAAUCGGCGACUCGGAUACAGCGAUUCUGGCGCAAGAAGCGAGUCGGUGCCGAGUACCUCCAGUUGAGAGAUCGCGGCCACCAAGUACUACAAGGUCGAAAAGAACGAAGGAGAUUUAGCUUACUAGGUUCUCGUCGUUUCUUGGGCGAUUACUUGGGUAUCAAUGCUUCCACAGGACCUGGAUCUCAUGUUCGGAACGCUGUUGGAAUGUCCUCAAACGAGAAGGCUCUCUUCUCGUGCCGUGGUGAAGUCUUAGAAGCCAAAUUUGGUCGAUCUAGUAAAGCAAGUCCCCGAAUUUUUGUUGUGACCAACAGUAAAUUCUACAUCGUGGCACAAGCGCUCGUCAAUGGCCAACCGCAGAUUUCCAUCGAACGCUCAGCACCCUUGGGGGCUAUCAAAUUUAUUGGCACUUCAACUAGUAGAGACGACUGGUUCUCUUUAGGUAUCGGAUCUCCUCAAGAGCCCGACCCUCUGCUUAAUUGUGUACUAAAGACUGAACUCUUUACGCACAUGCAACGCGCGAUGCCCGGCGGAUUCAAUUUGAAGAUAGGCGAAACUAUAGAGUACGCCAAGAAGCCCGGCAAGAUGCAGAUAGUCAAGGUCUUGAGAGAUUCGCAGCAAGCUGUUGAUUUCUACAAGAGCGGUGGCAUUCAUACCCAGCCAGGCGAGCCGCCGUCUUCAGUCUCGUGGCCUAUGCCGCGAGCCAACCCUGUGCCACCCCGUCCAAUUACCAGAGGCAAGCUCAUCAAGCCUGGUGGCCCUGGUGGUCGACCCUCAAGGCUCACAGGAUCUCGACCCAACACUUCGAAGCAUAGUCCGGCUGCAGUGCAAGCUUCCCGACCAGUCCCAACCCCCAGUGCGAUACAGACGCCACGAGCAGUCCCAACUCCUAUGGCGGGUACCAACGGUAUACCUAGCCAUACUCGUAACAAGAGCUCGACGUCAUCUGCUCGAGCCCCUCCGCCUCCACCACCACCAGCUCCUCCUGCAAAACCAAAGAUCAUGGCGAAGGUCUUGUAUGAUUUUGCUAGUCAGAGAGAGAACGAGCUCUCCAUUAGAGCAGGAGACAUCAUUGAAGUUGUCCAGAAGGAAAACAAUGGUUGGUGGCUUGCAAAGAGUGGCGUAGGACAGGCCUGGGUUCCGGCUGCAUAUGUUGAAGAACAAGCACCUGCGCCUGCACUGGUCCCACGGUCUCCACCACCGCCGCCGGGCAUGAAUGGUAUGGGCAAGGCCAAACCAAACCCACCGGCGAAACGACCCGCCACCGCUAAGAAACCGGGGGCAUUACAAGCCCGAGACUCCGGGAUGAGUAUGAACGGGAAUGACUCGGAUGGCAGCAGAAGCAACACGCCGACUGCUGCUGGUGCCUUAGCCAACGCACUGCUCGCAAGAAAAAACGCUAUGCAAAAACAGAAUGAUGAUGAUGACUGGUAGAUCACGGAUUGCACGCGCAUAGAAAAUUUCGGAUGGUUUCUUCAUUCGGCGUUGUCGCUUACAGACCUAAGCGACGACGCGGUAAUGCGAGGGCGUAGCGUCAUUUUCAAGACAAUUGACGCAUAUUCGGCCCUUUUCUCUUUUUACGUGAUCGAUACUGCAAGAUUAUAUGGCAAAGCGAUGCACUCCCCAGAUAGCGGAGGCUGAGUAAAGAUUGGGAUGCGUGGGACGAGAUGGGAAGAGGGCUCCGGAUGCAUUACGCCCUCAGUCAUGUAUAGCUACCUAGACAUAAGUAUGCACUAAUGUUUAGAUGAUAAACAGAAGAAUGAUAGCCUGUACGGCCGGCCGCGUUAGAGCGGAGCCAUAGAUGACUUCGCAUAUUGUUCAUUAGCAUUCCCAUUUAAUUGU